GUUGCUGGGACCUGGGCCCACGCCUUGCAACUGCUACUUGGAGUUCUCCAGUCCGAUGCCGGCGAGUGCUGGCACGAGCCGACAGACCUACUUUGCGGCACAGGCCUUCAGGCCUGCGCACAGAGCAGCUGGCAUCUGGCCUCGGAGUUGUUACGGCAGGCUUCCAAAGCAGCUUUGCAGCCCUCGAGCUUGAGCCAGAACGCUGUGCUGUCUUCUCUGGAUUCGGACUCCUGGCCCUGCGCCCUCGAACUCUUUCAGGGAGCUCGGGCUCUGUCGGUUUCGAUCACGAGUUCCCUGAUCGGCUCCGUGGCGACGAAUCUGAAGCCUUCCUCCACCGCUUGGGCGCUCUCUGCAGGCCUCCUGCAGCAGGCAAAGGCGCUUCAGGUUCAGACGCAUGUGGAGUACCACAAUGCCGUUGUUGGCCUGUUUGCCGAUGUGUCUGCUUGGCGAUGCGCGGCGCAGGAGCUAGACACCAUGCUUUGGUCUUCGUGCAAGUUGGACCGCAUCAGCCUCAAGGGGUCGAUUGCAGCUUGCGAAGCCUCUUCGAGCUGGAGGCCAGCUAUGCGCAUCCUGCGACACAGAGACACCUCCAACCAGGAGGUCAAUGUGGCUGUCCAGGUCCUAGCCCAGUCGACUUCCUGGCCCUGGGCCAUGCAGCUCCUCAGCCGAGCCCGAGGACGACGUAUCGAGUCAGAUACCAAGUCACUGCCAGCACUGGCCAUUGCGAUACAGGAG